AAGAUAUGUUUCUAUUUAAGAUAACGUUUAUGUAGUGUAUUUUAGGUAAACCGUUAGGAUUUUUGCAAAAGUUGUUUUUUAUAUAGACAUUGCAGGCUCUGUUUGUUUGCGCUCACUACUCCAGUUAAAAACAGCCUAUAUGUUGUGAUACCAUUUAUCAAGCCAAUUAAGAGGCAAUGAACUCUUGUGUUUUCGGAUGAUAAGAGUGAGAAUACUUCCAUUUUCGACUUUACCAUGGAGCGACCAAGCGCAAAAGGAAACGCGUGAAUUUUAGCAGGGCGACGGCCGUCGGUGCGCCCCUCUUGUACCGGGGUCAUUAUCUCACUAAAGCCUCACCCUCUUAAUUGAGUGACUUGGAUAACGACAGGAUUGACGCGGGUAUGACUGGCUAAGACGUUUAUUAGCUUAUAUUAUAUACUUAGUGUCAUAGACUUGACCUACUCUUGUCGUCUCCAGCGUGAACAAUAUAGUAUGAUGAAGUGCGUCUAAUAAACCGCAGCCUCCCAGAGACUGAGUUUACUCAGAGGUCAACGCACUUUUUACACUUGUGUGUAAUCCCUCCCCCAAACAUUGACACCAGGGAGGCGCUGUCCAGGGGGUCUGAAAAGCAAAACAAAACUAAAACAAAACAAACUACUGUUACUUUGUGACAGAAAAAAUAAAUUAAUAAAAAAAGAGUGACUUCUUUAUUCUCUAAACAACUGGCCUACUACUCACACUUAAGUUAAUUUGCUUUACAUGAUACUGACAAAGUAUUCUUUGUAGGAUUAAAAUAAUAAUGCAUUUGACUUAUAUUGCUCUUGUGGACAUUAAAAAAGAGUUGCACUACAUUUUUCAUUACUCCACACCCAGUGAUACUUGUAGGCACCCCACAGCGACGCUGGAGACUGACAGAUGCAGGGCAUCCCUCAGCCCCUCCAACUACAACCACCACUAAUGUGAAUGGUGUUGAAUGAGAAUUCAACACCAUUCACAUUCAUAUUAUUCUGCACAUCACCAAGUUGUAAGUAUAAGGGCUGUUCCAUGCGGACCAGUGUUUUUUUUUAUUUUUUAUUAGCCAGUCUGUGGUACUUAUCUUAAUUCAACAUUGUAAAUCCUGCAUCUACUGUAGUUGAGCCACAUGACCAUAUAUGGCAUUGUUAUGAGCUGAACUGUAGCGUUUACAUUUCUCAGACACUCAGUGCACCAUGAAAAAGGUUGCAAUUUCAAAUACUUCUCAGAACAUUGAUAUCUGUUGGUAUAAAUAGGAAUUAUCUUGUAAAACUGUGUGCCAUUGAUAUAAUUUUAUUUAUUUCUGAAAUAAAAACAGAUGUUGAAGAAGAACCAUAGACUGUAUAUAUAUUAAAAAUGCAUGAGUCUAAUAUAGCGAUUUGAAAGUCACUUUAAAUUGAAUGAUUCAUUCAUUCUUCAUACUCUAUUGAGAUUAUCUUUUACCACACAGUCUCAGUUGGCACACUGCCAGAGAGGUCGUUGGCAAUCUUCAGUAACAGACUCUGUGACCACCACAUCACUCACAACACAAUGAUAUUUAGACAAAGUGUCAUGCCCAUGGACACAACAGCAGUAUGUUUGACCCCAUAGUGCUGUACAUCUAGUGUACUAUUGUCACUAUUAAUUAUUCACAAUAUCAUAUAUAUUAUAUAAUAUUCACAAAGAAGACAAAAUAGCCGCUAUGUUUAUCUCAUAACAUAUCUCAACCUCAAAUAAAACUGUAAAUAUUUCUACUUGAGUAGAUACAAUUACUGUCCCAUCCUCACGUAAAGUCACUUUUCUGUCCAUAAGCACACAUUUGCUUCUGCGUCCCUACACUGGUCCUUUAGCCCACACUCCUGCUACUCCUGCUGUGCUACACAUGGGUGCCUGUGUAUGUUUUGUGGGCAUGGAGCAUGUUGAGAAGUGGAAAUUUACAGUGCUCUUGGUUGGCACCUGAGUAGUUGGUCAGUGCUCGAGCUCUGACCAAUCAUGUGCUAGGAAUUAAUUGUCUUUACCCAAAGGGGGCGGGGCUUUUGCCUUCAGCUCUGCUUCUCCUGACCCUGGUCGGCAUAAAGGCACUUCAGUACAGUGGCAUGGUGACAGCUGAGACACUGGGAAACUAAACUUAGCCAUGAAGGAACUCAUGGCACAAAAAGAGAAACUCCAGUGCCUAAAGGACUUCCACAAGGACACGCUCAAACCCUCACCAGGCAAGAGUCCAGGUACGAGACCCGAGGACGAGGCGGAGGGGAAGGUCCCUCAGAGGGAGAAGUGGGCCAGCAAACUCGACUUUGUCCUGUCUGUGGCUGGGGGCUUCGUUGGAUUAGGAAAUGUCUGGAGAUUUCCCUAUCUGUGUUACAAAAACGGAGGAGGUGCUUUUCUGAUCCCAUACUUCAUCUUCCUGUUUGGAGGAGGGCUACCUGUGUUCUUUCUGGAGGUCGCUCUGGGACAGUACACCUCUGAGGGGGGCAUCACCUGCUGGGCAAAGAUCUGCCCCAUUUUCACUGGUAUUGGCUAUGCAUCCAUCGUGAUCGUCUCCCUCUUGAACAUCUACUACAUAGUUAUCUUGGCCUGGGGCUUGUACUACCUGCUGCAGUGCUUUCAGCCUGAGCUGCCCUGGGCCAAGUGCAAGCAGCCCUGGAACACUGAAAACUGCAUCGAGGACACUAUCCGCAAGAACAAGACCCUUUGGCUGGCCACCAACAUGACUAAUUUUACCUCUCCUGUCACCGAGUUCUGGGAGCGAAAUGUGUUGAGCAUUUCGAGUGGGAUUGAAGAUGUGGGGACUCUGAAGUGGGACUUGGCCCUGUGUCUAUUAGCUGUGUGGGUUAUCUGCUUCUUCUGCAUCUGGAAAGGAGUCAAAUCCACUGGGAAAGUUGUUUACUUCACUGCAACAUUCCCUUUUGUGAUGUUGAUUGUGCUCCUGGUGCGAGGGGUCACUCUGCCUGGAGCUUCUGAGGGGAUCAAGUUUUACCUUUAUCCUGAUCUGAGCCGACUGCAGGACCCAGAGGUGUGGAUAGACGCAGGGACACAGAUUUUCUUCUCGUACGCCAUCUGUCUGGGAGCUAUGACAUCCCUGGGAAGCUACAACAAGUACAAAUAUAACUGCUACAGGGACUGUUUGCUGCUGGGAGGCCUCAACAGCGGUACCAGCUUUGUGUCUGGCUUCGCAAUAUUUUCCGUCCUUGGAUUCAUGGCACAAGAGCAAGGGGUGGACAUUGCCGAUGUGGCAGAGUCAGGUCCUGGUUUGGCUUUUAUUGCAUACCCAAAAGCUGUGACCAUGAUGCCUAUGCCAACGCUGUGGGCCAUCCUGUUCUUUAUCAUGCUGCUGCUCCUGGGCCUCGACAGCCAGUUUGUUGAAGUGGAAGGACAGAUCACCUCGAUAGUGGAUCUGUAUCCGUCUUUCCUAAGGAAGGGUUACCGAAGAGAAAUCUUCAUAGCUGUGCUGUGUUUCAUAAGCUAUCUCCUGGGACUUGCAAUGGUUACAAAGGGUGGCAUGUACGUGUUUCAACUGUUUGACUACUACGCAGCCAGCGGUGUGUGCCUUUUGUGGGUCGCAUUCUUUGAAUGUAUUGCUGUAGCCUGGGUUUAUGGAGCAGACAAUUUCUAUGAUGCUGUAGAGGAUAUGAUUGGCUACAGACCAAACCCGUGGAUGAAGUGGAGUUGGACCUUUAUCACUCCUGUCCUCUGCAUGGGCUGCUUUAUCUUCUCACUGGUCAAGUACAAGCCCCUCACCUAUAAUAAAGUCUACGAGUACCCGGAUUGGGCCAUUGGUCUGGGCUGGUUUCUGGCCCUCACCUCCAUGAUCUGCAUCCCCCUCGUCAUGGUCAUCAAAAUACUGCAGUCCAAUGGGCCGUUGAUAGAGAGGAUCAAAGCUGUGGCAGCCCCAGCCAAGUCUGGCGUGAGCUCACGGCCCAAAGAGUACAGCGUGAAGGGCGGAGAACUAACGCAGCCUUUAAACGCCAACGGGAACAAUGACCUGAUGAAGCCCACCCAAAAUGUUGUAGAAACAAUGAUGUGAGCUCUCUGUGAGAGGAAAUGUGCUUUCUUUGUUGUGCUUUGAAUAGUUUACUCAUAUAGAACCUGGUUUGAUUUUUAUGAAGGAGUUGUGUAAUAUUGCUUUUUUUUUACCAUGUGAAUAUUAUGACGUUUUGAUCUCUGUAGUUGGCACUGAUCUCAGAGUAGGCAGCAUCCUCAUAUAGAUCAUCUGUCUGUUUGUUUACUAUGUUCAUUUAAAGAUAAAUUUUUAGUUUAGCUUUUUUUGUUGGUAAAAAAUUUGCACUUGUCACCAGUCCCUUUACUAACAAUAUGAAUGUAGUCAUGGCCUGAACUCAAAGUGAUAGCAGUAUUGUUGCCUAUAAUGACUAAUCUCUUCAGUCAGACUUUAUAGAGAGAGCUUUUCACAUGCAUCACCUUGAGAAGAAUCAGUGGAAAAGCUAAAAAGGGAAAAGUGUAAGAUCAGGGAUGUAACUCAGAAGGGAAGUUUUUAGAGUAUUUGUUUUGCCGCUGUGAUGACUGAAGCCAGCCCCAGUGCUUUUAUCAAUGUAAUGUCUCUGCACUUUAUGUGUCUUUUCACUUUUAUUAUAGUGUUUGCUGCAAACUAUUGCUCAAUCUGCAAUGCAAUAAAGGAGGAUUUAGAUUAGCUCUAAAUGUUUUGCUAUGGCAAAGUUCAUAGUUAGUUCACAGUUUAUGAAAUACAUUGUGUAUUUCUAGUACAAUGUGAACAUAAGAUUUGAACUCUGAUGUAGUUUAUAGGGUUUGUUUGAACAACACUGGGCUAAAGUUUAAAAUGUUGCUGUCUUCACUGACCUCAGAUUAAUGCAGGAUGUAGUUUCAGUUGUUUUGCUGUACAGAAUUUAACCACAUAUGCCUUUUUGUAACAAUUUUAUACUGUACAUGAGAAAGAAUGCAACAAUUAAUACUUGUAUUGUGCUGAAACAAUAAUGUUUUAAAUGUUGAGCCUGGAUUACAUUUUUAGUGUGCAAUAUUCAUUCAAACAAUUGCAUUUUGGUAAUUUAAAUCAUGUUUGCAAAAUAACAAAACAAACAAAUAAAAAUAAAAAAAAAAUCAUAGGAAAUUUCUAAUUUGUAAAAAUGUGUACCAAAGUAAUUUGUCUCUCUCUUGUCCCUGAUUUAAUAUGCAUAAUGCUUAAUUUUUACACAUCACAAAAUAAAAAUAUUUUUCUGCCGUU